AUGGAAGCCUCACCGCUCACAAAGGCGCACGACCACGCGCGAGCCGCCGCCGUGGCCACGCGCCAGUCCGCCGACACCACCGUCGCCAUCAGCGAGCACACGCUGGCCGCCGGCGAGUUCGCCAACGCCGCCAGCCUGACGUCGAGCGUCGAGGCCCUGCGCACCCUCAAGCUGCUCGAGGAGCACCACCGCAAGCUGGCCGAGAUCCUCAAGCUGCCGCCGGAGCAGGUGCCGCACGCGCGCGCCGACGAUGGUGGCGGCAGCGGCAGCAGCAACAACGAGAAGGUGGCGUCCGAAAAGGCCUCCUCCUCCUCCGACGGCGACGCGGUGGCGGGCGACGCUCUGCAGGCCGCGGCCGCAAAGGCCCAGCAGCCGCCCGGGCUGGCCUCGCAGCAGCGCCGCUACGUCCCCCGCGAGAUGUCGUCGUCCAUCGCCAGCAACCUGGCCUCGGCGAGGGGCAUCCGCUCCAAGGACCGCGGCCAGCCGCUCAGCCCCAGCGUGUCCAACGACCAAGCGCCCGGAAACCUCGAUCCCCAGGCCAAGCGCGAUGCCUCCAAAGCCAAGAUGCAGACCAUCAUCGACCGCCAGUCCGGCAGCAGCCGCCCGACCUGGGUUCCGCCCAUGGCUACGGCCGCGUCCAACAAGCAGCACCAGCACCAGCACCAGCAAUCGCAGCAUCACCAGGGAGCGGCCGCAGCCGGCGGCAGCGCGUCGCCAAAGGUCGACACUGCCUCUCCCGCGAGGGACGAGGGCGGCUAUACCCGCUUCUACAACACCUUUGGAAGCCUCAUCAACAAAAUCUCUGCGCCCCUUGCCUUUGCCGGCCUGCCGCUCAUCCAGGAAGAGCCCGCCACGCCUUCUGCGGAAUCCGCCGUGCCGUCUUCUUCGUCUUCUUCUCCCAGCGCCACCCUGUCUCCCACGAAGCAGUCCCGCGCCCGCGCCUCCCCGUCUGCCACCGCCGAUCCGGAUCUCUCCAAGAUUUACUCAAAGGCCACCAUGCGCGCCCUCGUCCGCGACGGCCACACCGCUGCUGAUUCGUUCUACGUCGUCCCCUCUACCGGCCAUACCAUGUCUUACGCCAACAUUCUCAGUUACGCCGAGAAGGAGAAGCGCCGCCUGGAAGCCUCGACUCACGGUGACGUGCUGCCACAGGAUGAAGACGACGACGACUUUGUCGACGCCCGCGAGGCCCCUGGCGCUGUACAUGCCCGCCGCCGGAUCACGCGCACGCACUCGGAAAAGGAACUGUACAACACCAUUGAGGAGCUCAGCCUGGAAAACAAGUCUCUCAAGGACAUGCUCGACAAGCUCUCCAAGCGCCUGCACACGUUCGAAGCCAGCGCCCAGAGCUCCGCCCUCGCCCUCGCCGAAAGCUACCGCAUCAUGCCCGGCGGCUCGCCCCUCCCGGGGGCAGGCGGAGGCGGAGGCAGCGGCAGGGCAAACGAGGAGGAGCUGGUGCGCAAGAACCACGAGCUGGAGGAGCAGCUGUCGGAAAUGACAAAGCACAUGGAGCGCCUGGAAAAGGACAACCGCAAGAUGCAGAAGACGCUGGAGAAGUACCGCGAGAAGUGGGAGACGCUCAAGGCGGGCGCCAAGGCGAGGCGGGGGGCGCAGUCGACGACGGGGGAGAGCGUGGAGGAUGCGCGAUCGCAGGUGUGA